AUGACUUCUCAGUCAUCUGAGGCGCGAGGACACCCUGAAGAGAGCUGCCUAGCAACGCUGAGUGACGCGACAAAUCUGCUGCAGCAGUCGCAGCAGCAGGAGCAGCUGCUGCUGCAGCAGCUGCAGCAGGAGCAGCAGCAGGAGCAGCUGCUGCUGCGGCAGCUGCAGCAGCUGCAGCAGCUGCAGCAGCAGCAGCAGCAAGGACACCAAGAACCGCCUACUGCAAACAAGCCUCAGUCAUGCACAUCAGCCGCGGCUGAAGCUGAGACUCACUCUCCAGUAGGGCCCCACAAAGACAGCCAGAAGCAGCAGCAGCACCAGCAGCAGCAGGAACGGGAGCAGCAGCAGCAGCAGCAGCAGCAGCAGCAACAGCAGCAGCAGCAGGAGCGCGAGAAGCAGCAGCAUCAGAAGCAGGAGGACGGAAAUGAGGAGCAGCACUGCGCGCAGCUGCAAGAAAAGAAGGCAAGGAGGGGGAAGCUGCAGCGUCAGCAGCAGGAAGAGCCGCAGGAUGAGCAGCAGCAGCAGCAGCAGCAGCAGCAGCAGCAGGUGAAAGGGCAACCGACUGGCCCGGAGCCUCAGCAGCACGUAACAAGCAGCAGCGUCAGCAGCAGCAAAGAGAGCCGCAGCAGCAGCUUGGCGACAAGCAGCAGCAGCACCACAAAUGUGGGGCGCCGCAGAGCUCGAGCACCAUCAAAGUCAGCAGCAGCAGCAGCAGCUGCUGCUGCUGCUGCAACAGAUGCUGCAGCUUCCCCAGAGGCGAAGCGGAGAAGAAGAGAAAAGCGCGGCGUGCAACAAGCAGCAGCAGCAGCUGCUGCUGCUGCUGCUGCUGCAGCAGCAGCAGCAGCAGCUGCUGCAGAAGGCAGUGUUACUGCUGUUGCAAAUGAUGACUUCUGCGUCAUUGAGGCCUUCGCUUAUCCGGGUAAGGAGCAGCAGCCCCAGCAGCAGCCGCAGCAGCCGCAGCAGCAGCAGCAGCAGCAGCAGCAAAACAGGCGGAAGCGGAAGCAGUCGCCUUCCCAGAACAUAGACUUGUUCUUUCCUGCGCUGCUGAGCGUAGAGCAGAGCAGCACAGCAGCAGCAGCAGCGCCAGCAGCAGCUGCUGCUCGCGCUGCUGCUGCUGACGGUGCUGCUGCUGCUCCCCCUACAAAGAGCAGAGCCAGACAGGCAGCAGUAUCUGCUGCAGGGGCGGGAGCAGCAAAGGCGCCUAAGGAAAGCAGGCGCAAAGCUGCAGCAGCAGCAGCAGCAGCAGCAGCAGCGAGCAGCGAUGCUGCUGCUGCUGCUGCUGCAGCAGGAGCACGCGCAGCGAAGACUGGAGGGGACUCUCCGCUGCUGCCGAAGGGCAGGAAGCAGUCGGGAGCAGCAGCAGCAGCGACGCCGCUGCUGCUUCGGAGGCCCCAGGACCCUUCAGAGCUAGCUGAUUUUUCGCAGCGGGUGCGGCAGCGGCUGGUUCUAGUGGAGCAGCAGCUGCAGCGGCUGCAGCAGGAGCAGCAGUGUCUUUUAGCUGCUCUCUGGGACCUGGGGCCAGCAGCAGCUGCAGCAGAAGCCCCUGAGGCAUUUCCAGCGCUGCAGCAGGGGCCGCGCGUGGCUGAACAUCUUGAGCAGCUGCAGCAGCUUCAGGAGCAGCAGCAGCAAGCGGAAGCUCCCAAACAGUGUGCUACCAAAGAGCAGCAGCAGCAGCUGUUGCCACCGCAGCAGCAGCAGCAGCAGCAGCAGCAGCUCGAUGAACGGCAGCCCGUAGAUCCACACGAUGCGGGGGACUCUCUGCCGCGCCAGCCGAUGUCUGAGCAGCUGCUGCAGCAGCAGUGGGAGCAGCUGCGGCUGCAACAACAGCAGCUGCGUCUGCAGCAGCAACACGUGCUGCUGCAGCAGCAGCUGUGUGCUGUCAUGCUGCUGACAGGCCUCGAGUCCCCUAUUCAGAGAGAAGCAGCAGCAGCACCAGCAACAGCAGCAGCAGCACCGGCAGCAGCACCAGGGGAAGCAGCGAGAGCAGCAACGGAAGCUCCUAGCGCGUCUUCAAGGCAUGGACGGCAAAUUGAUGCAGCAGCAGCAGCAGCUGCUGCUGCUGCAGCAAGUGCAGCAGCUGAAUGCCCACCACGCGUGCCAUCAGCGGGGCAGACAGCCUCAGCCAUGAGUGACGCAGCAGCUUCGUUGUCUGUGGAAGGGGUACGUGCAGCAGCUGCAGCAGCUGCAGCAGCAGCAGCAGCAGCAGCAAGAGUUGCUGCGCGGGCGGCUAACGGCAUGGCAGCGACAC